GAUAAAGAUGAUAAAGAUGAUGAAGAUGAUGACACUAAAAAAUAUAAUACUGUUUGUCCAAUAUCAAGAGUAGCUACUGUAUUAACAUUUAAUGAUGAAAAACCAAGUAAAAAUGAAUAUGAAGAUGCUGAAUCAAUAAUGGAUGAUACAAAAACAAUUACUGAUGAUGAAUUUGCUUGUUCAUAUUGUUCACGAACAAUAUGUGAUGAAGAAUCACAUGAAUGUCAGUCAAAAGGUAGAAGAGGAGGAAAAGGAUAUUACAUAUCAAAAAGAUCAUAUGCUUGUAUUCAAGAAAUUAAUCCUGAAUUAGCUGAUAAUAUUUCUGAAGAUCGUAGUGAUGAUGGUCGUCCAGCAAAGCAAAUGAAAUAUGAUACACACUAUGAAAAUUGGUUCGAGUGUAACAUGUGUUUUACGACAUUUAGCCAUCGUGAUCGUUUGACUGAACAUUUGAAUAGCCAUCGUUUAAAAAGACCAAUAAAUCAUUGGUGUGAUUUUUGUCAAACUGAAUUUCCUCGUAAUGCUAUUUUACAAAAACACAUUGCAAGUGUACAUGAAGCAGAAUAUUUAGUACAAAAUAAAUGUUUUAAAUGCACUGGUUGUUGUCGUGUAUUCACAAAAGAAGAUGAUGCAUUUACUCAUGCAUCACGUCAUUGUAGUUUUAUUAUUCAAAAUAAAUAUUCAAACAAGGAUCAAUUAAUUCAUGAAGUUUACAUUGAAAAUGUAUAUAUAUGUGAAUUUUGUAAUGAAUGUUACAGUCUUCCAACAACACUUCAUGAUCACAGAAGUAGAAAACAUGUUACUGAAGAUUAUCAUUGUUCAACAUGUGAUAAAAGUUUUACAUCACGUAAACAACUUGUUUUACAUAUACAAAAUAAUGAACAUUUAGAAGAUUUUCGUAUAUUAUGGAUAAAUCGUUAUUUUGUUUGUAAAUAUUGUAAUAAAACAUUUUUACAUUAUUCAUCAUUUUUAUCACAUGUUAUACAACAUCAAGAUGAUGAGCCUUAUUCAUGUAGAAUUUGUAAUCGUACAUUUACAAAUUAUGAUGAAGUUUGUGCACAUCGUGAAAAUGCACACAGUUAUCAACUUAUUAUACAAGAACGUUCAUCAAGAUCUUAUGUUUGUCCUUAUUGUCAAAAAGAAUUAGAAAAUGAAAUGGAAUUUGCUAAACACAUGAGAUCUCAUACUGCUGCACACUUUGCUCGACGUUUUCCACCAGAAAAUGAAUAAAAAAUAUCAAAAACAACAAGCCAAUUAUUUGACUAUUAGACCAAGA